AUGUCUCAAUUCAAAAUAUUUAUUAACAAUAAAAAAUCAUAUCGCUUCAUCUUAACUGUUGGUAUAUUCGUUGCUUUUUCUUUGGCUACAACAAUAGCACUAUUAAUUUGGUAUCUUUUAACACCUGUGUAUUUGAAUUAUAAAAUCAAUCAAACGAAUUUUAUUUGUCCACCACAUCCAUGUCCAUCAACAACUAAAACAAGCACAAGUUCUACACUGAGUAGUAAGAGUAAGUUAUUUUUACUUUAUUUUUUGGCAUUGAUCGAUUCGUUAAUAGCAAGUACGAUAUUGACUACAUCAAUAAGUACCAUGCAAACAUCAAUAUCAACAAUAUCAAGUUCAUCAACAGAACCGACCAUAAGCAAAAAACAUACAUAUAAAGAAUCAUGUGUUCAAUUAUACGAUUGUUAUACUGAAUAUGGAUUGUUAUGUGAAUAUGGAUGGAAUGAAAAUAAAAGUUGUCUAUGUGAAGGAUCUCAUUAUUGGUCAGUUCAACAAAAUAAAUGUCUUCGUAAAGGUGAAAUUAAUGAUUCAUGUGAUAUUGAUCAUCAAUGCCAUCGAGAAAUUGGUCUUGUAUGUGAUAAACCACCUGGUGUUUCGAAAAAAAUAUGUGUAAAUCGUUUCUGUUGUUUUUUUUUUGUUAUUUCAUUGUCUUUGAAUCAAAAUCUAUUAAUUGCUAACUUAGGUCAAACAACUGUUCGUCGUAUUGUUGAUUGUAUUAAUGAGAAUUAUGCAACAAAAUGUCUCGUUCUUGGUACUAAUAAUAUCUAUCAUAUGGUUACAGUAAGAUCAAUUACUGAAAAAGAACUUUCAUUUGAUUGGUUUCUUAUCGAUAAUCGAGUUUUAGAAGAAUUACCACAGCUUAGUUGUACUUUCAAUAACGACACCGAAUAUUGUUUUGGUUUAAGUAUUCAAGAUACUCAACAUUCUCUUAAACUUGCUCAAUUUACACAAAAAGGGUUUCAUAGUAUAGAAAAUAUAGGUGGUACAAAUCGAGGUACUGCAUUUGGUUUAACUAAUAUAAAUAAUGUUGCUGUGUAUGUUCGUAAUUCUCAAAAUAUACUUUAUCGUCGAAUAAUUGCUGAUGAUGAAAUAUUAUCAGCACAUAAUAUUGCAUCAUCUUUAUCAGGUGAUCCAAUGUGUUAUAUUUAUGAAUUAUUGACUAGUCGACAAAUUUAUUGUUUUGCUCGAAAUUCAGCAUAUGUUCUUACAGAAUAUGUUGAAUUAUCAAAAGAUACAUGGCAAACAACUCAAUUGGGUAAUCCAACUGAUCGAAUACGUGAUGAAACAGCACCUGUUUGUAGUUAUGUUGGACAUAUACAUCGAUACUGUUUUGUUAUAUUUGAAAAUGGACAAAUUUAUCGAAUUCUUUCGAAAUCGGGUGUAUGGAGUACAUGGCAAUCUAUUGGUCGAGAACAACGACAUCAAUUUAUUAGUCAACCUGCUUUUAUAACAUCGAAGCCAUUAAAUCAAUCAAGUCCUGAUCAAACAUGUUAUUUGUUAGCAAUUGAUACAAAUAAUAAUUUACAAUUAUCGACAAAUUUAAAUUGUGCUGUAUUAGACAAUUUUAGUGAAUGGAUACCGAUAUCACCUAAUUUAAAAUUCAAACAAUUUGAUAAAACAUUUCGAUUACGUGAUGGUAAUAUUGGUGUAUUAGGCAUUGAUGGUCAAAAUCGACCUUAUUAUAUAUUUCUUGAUCCAAAAACUAAUCGUUUUACAUCACCGCGUCCAGCAUUUACAGUGAAAUCAGAACAAUUUCGUCCUUAA